AGGGACUCGCUGCCGCUGAGGCAAAGGCUGGGGUGUGGCCUCCUCUGAGCAAAGCCAGAAAACUGGAUUGGGUGGGCCCUAGUGCUGUCUGUCUUCAUGUCCCAGUGCUCCCCCUUCAUCGCUCCCCCUGACUGUAUCCCAGCGGGUCCCGGCUUCCAUACAUGGUCACAGCCCUGCUUCUAACUCCCUGACGUCCCCCCCUCCCGUCCUCCGCCCCCACCGGACACGGCCCCCGCCCUACUCGCCCCAAGCUGUCCGCCAGCGCACCGCCAUGGAGGACCUGGAUGCCCUGCUCUCUGACCUGGAGACCACCACUUCACACAUGUCACGGUUAGGGGCUCCAAAAGAGCGCCCACCAGAGCCAAUUACACCUCCCCCACCCUAUGGCCACCAGCCACAGACAGGGUCUGGAGAAUCUUCAGGAGCCUCUGGGGACAAGGAUCAUCUAUACAGCACAGUAUGCAAGCCUCGGUCCCCAAAGCCUGUGGCCCCUGUGGCUCCUCCAUUCUCCUCUUCCAGUGGUGUGCUGGGCAAUGGGCUUUGUGAGCUAGACCGUUUGCUUCAGGAGCUUAAUGCCACCCAGUUCAACAUUACAGAUGAAAUCAUGUCUCAGUUCCCAUCUAGUAAGAUGACUGAAGGGGAAGAGAAGGAGGACCAAUCUGAAGACAAGACCUCACCCACUGUCCCUCCCAGCCAAUUCUCUGCCCCCUCAAAGCCUUCGGCCACCUCAGCCACUCAGGAGCUGGAUAGACUAAUGGCAUCGCUCUCUGACUUUCGCGUCCAGAACCAUCUUCCAGCCUCAGUGCCACCUCAGGCUCCAGCAGCAAGCCCCACACAUGAGGGAUGCCCAUCUCCACCAGGACAGACUAGCAAGGGCAGUCUGGACACCAUGCUGGGCCUGCUGCAGUCUGACCUCAGCCGCCGUGGUGUUCCCACUCAGGCCAAGGGCCUCUGCGGCUCCUGCAAUAAAUCUAUUGCUGGACAAGUGGUUACGGCUCUGGGCAGAGCCUGGCACCCGGAGCACUUCCUUUGCAGUGGUUGUUCCACAACCCUGGGAGGCAGCAGUUUCUUCGAGAAGGAUGGAGCUCCCUUUUGCCCCGAGUGCUACUUUGAGCGCUUCUCCCCACGAUGUGGCUUCUGUAACCAACCCAUCCGACACAAAAUGGUUACCGCCUUGGGCACCCACUGGCACCCAGAACAUUUCUGCUGCGUCAGCUGCGGGGAGCCUUUUGGAGAAGAGGGUUUCCAUGAGCGAGAGGGCCGGCCCUACUGCCGGCGGGACUUCCUGCAGCUGUUCGCCCCGCGCUGCCAGGGCUGCCAAGGACCCAUUUUGGAUAACUACAUCUCGGCACUCAGCGCACUCUGGCACCCAGACUGCUUCGUGUGCAGGGAAUGUCUGGCGCCCUUCUCUGGAGGUAGCUUUUUUGAGCACGAGGGUCGCCCGCUGUGUGAAAACCAUUUCCAUGCUCAGCGUGGUUCGCUGUGUGCCACGUGUGGCCUCCCUGUGACUGGCCGCUGUGUGUCUGCUCUGGGUCGUCGCUUCCACCCAGAUCACUUCACCUGCACCUUCUGCCUGCGCCCACUCACCAAAGGUUCCUUCCAGGAGCGUGCCAGCAAGCCUUACUGCCAGCCUUGCUUCCUGAAGCUCUUCGGCUGACCUCCUCUUGGGAUCACAGAUCACCAAAAACGAAGCCUCCAAAAACCCGUUCGUGAAAAAGACUGAGUCCUCCAGAUCCCUAGCUCUGGAGCUACCCAGGCAUCCUUGCCCCUCCUCUCACCCCCAUUCCCGUUGUGGCCCAGCCACUAGAGAGGCCUACCCCUAAGGUGCUCUAGGUGUGUCAAGUUCAGAAAGGGCCCCACUCACCUGGAAUAUAGCUCUCACUUUGACACGAUUCUGGUUUUCUAAGCUAACCAAUUAGAGGUCAGGAUGUCCCUGUUCACCCAUUCUAUUCUGUACACUUUUUUUUUUCUACAAACAUAAAAACACACUCCACAUCUUAUAGUGCCAGAGAAUCUUGCUUUACUACCAGAGCCCUUGCUCUGUGCUCUAAGGCCUCGAGGCCACAGCUCUGUGGAGGAGAUAGAACUGCAAACCCCGUGGAGAUAACAACAAAUAACAGAUGAAGGCAGGCACGGAGAGGUGUGCCUGUAAUCCCAACAUGGAGGCCAGGCAGACUAUCCUCAGUUGCAUAGCAAAACUGAGGCCAGGUGGGGUUUAUGAGACUAUCUCAAAACAAAACAAAAACCCUCAAACACCUGGAAACCAAAAUUCAAAGCAAUGGCAACAGAGUGAACAGUAUAAUCCCAGCAUGAUGGAGGCAAGUUCAAGACAAGUUCAGAAACAGUCUGGCCAUAUGUAGUGAGUUCCAGGCCAGCCUGGCUCCUGGGUAUAAGACCUAGUAUCAAUAGGGUGGGGGUGGGGCACCAGAAGACCCAGGUUUGAUUCCUAGCACCUGCAACUGUCUGUAACUCCGGCUCCAGGCAAUCCAAUCCCUGCUUCUAGCCUCUACAGGCAUCAGGUACACACAUGGUGCACAGAUAUACAUGCAGACAAAACGGCCACACAUAUAAAGCACAAUUUUUAAAAAAGGGUUGGAGAAAUGGGUCAGUGAUUGAGAGUACUACCGUAUGUUAAGAAGAUGUGAGUUCAGCUCCCAGCCCCCACGCGAUGGCUCACAAUCAUUUGUAACUCCAGUUCCAAGGAGUUGAGGACACCUCAAGUUAUCAUUUAUUUAAAAAGACAUUUUUAACAUGAGUCUUAACCACAAAGUCAAAAGAGAGGCACUGGGGAAGAAAGGAAGACAUGAUUCAAACCAUAGGUGUGGGCUCCUGAAAGACAGACGAGUCGGCUCUGUGUUCUAGAGGUGAGUAUAUAUAGGCUUUUAGCUAGCUGCUAAUGAGCUUCUCAGGCACCGCCUGCUUCUCUGUCUCUAUUCCUCUUUUUGGUACUUAAGAUUAUUGGGUGGACAUCUGGGAAAAGUGGGAGCUACAGCACGGGAAAGGAUCUUUACCAAUUACAUAUCCUGUAGAGGGUUGAUAUCAGAUCUAAAAUGAACUAAAACAAAACCCUAGAUAUUAAAAAAAUAAAUAGCCCAAUUAAAACAGGGCACAGAACUAAGCGGAGUUCUCUAAAGAUGAAACACAGUGGCCGAGGAACAUUUAAGGAAGUGUGCAACAUCCUUAGUCAUCAGGGAAAUCCUACCUUGAGCAGCACUUGGGAGACAGAGAUGGGCCUCCUGGUCUGCAGAGUAAGUUCUAGGACAGCCAGGGCUACAGAGAAAAACUCCCUUGAAAAAAUAAAAACAAAUGAACAAUUAAAAACCCCAGAUUACUUUGAGAUUUCAUCUUACUUUAAUCAGAAUGGCAAAGAUCAAUAAAACAAAUGACAGCCCAUGCUGGUGGGGAUGUGGGGUGAGGGGAACACCUUAUGCAUUGCUUGUGGGCAUGCAAACUUGUACAGCCACUAUGGAAAUCAGUGCGGAGGUUCUUCAGGAAUCUGGGAAUAGAUCUACCUCACGAUCCAGCUAAUCGCUCUUGGGCAUAUCCCCAAAGGACUCUACAUCCUACUGCAGAGACACCUGUCCAUCCAUGUUCAUCGAAGCUCUGCUCAUAAUAUCCUGAAACUGGAUAGAUGCUUGUUGACAGAUGAAUGGAUAAGGAAAAUACGUUACAUUUUACACAGUGGUAUAUUAUUCAGCUGUUCAAAAAAGAUACAAUAACUAAAUUCACCAGUUAAUAGAUGGAACUAGAAAAAAAUCAUUCUGAGCAAGGAAAUUGAGAUCCAAAAAGAUAAAUAUGGUAUGUAUUCUCCUAUAUGUGGAUGUUAGCUUUUAAGCUUUCAAUAGACAUGCUACAAUCCAUAUAUAAUCACAGAGGUUAGGUAUGGAGUAAGGGACUUGCGGGGGGCGGGGGGUUGUCCAAGGGAGGAGAAAUAGAAUAUAUACAGUUAUGGGGAGACAGGAGAAAAGUGAACAGGAAGAGUAAGCAGAGAAGAGGAGAAAAGAGGACGGUAAGACAGGGAAUGUAAGAGACAACUAAUCCUAAAAGGCCACUGGAGGGGCUGUGUAGAAACCUGCUAUUUUAGAAGCCUCCUAAAAUAUAUACAUAUAUGAAGGGAAUCUAAAGAGAGCCACUAAAUAGGUGGGGAGACAAUGCUUCAGCCAGAUACCUUACACCACCAAGGGAAACAUCCAGUGCUAGGAACGGGCUACAUCUAGUUGAGUCGGUGGCCAAAGAAGACUCACGGAAAUCCCCAACAUCUCAGGCUGUUGGCUGCUCUCCACAACCUGAUGGUAAGGCCCUACUGCUGAAGACAACACCUGCAAUAUCUCAUCCAACACAGAGAAGCCACACUGGUGCCUAACAAGAGCCCUCACCCUUACUAACUAGUGUUCAUUAUAUUGGAAGGUACUCAUAGUAUUGGAAGGUACUCUCUGCAUGCUACCGAGGAAGGAAGGUAAACACCAACUCAGCUACAAACCCUUCAGUCUAUAUAUAAUAUGAUGACCUACCUGCAUGAUAUAUGCUGGUGCAAUCGUGGCAUGAAUAUUGUGGGAGUAACCAACCGCUAUCUGGUUGGAUUUAAGGCCCACCCAUGAGAUGGACCACAUGCCUUAUGCUGCUCAGGUGGUUGAGAACCUGAGACUAAUAGACCUAGGGGCAAACCAAACAUUGCAUUCUGUUAAAGCAGUAGUUCUCAAGUAUCCUAACACUGAGACCCUUUAAUACAGUUCCUUGUAUUGUGGUGACCCCAACAAUAAAAUUAUUUUUGUUCCUA